UAGCCCAUAAUAUAAUUGCGCAAGUUAUUAUAUGAUAAAAAAAACAACUGAGAUUUCUUCUAUUAAUUCACAAAUAAUCAUGGCAUUAACACGUACUUUAUUUACUUCCUUCUUUUCGUUACUUAUAUUAGAGAUUUUAGCUGCUGAAGAUUGUGACAAAUCAAAGUGUCCAGGACCAAUAAAAUAUUACGAAGAUAUAAAAUGUACACCAGUUUAUAACUCACCCGAAGAUUGUUGUCCUUACAAGUAUAAUUGCGAUCAUUUGCAAGCAAGAUCUCCCAAAAAAUGUUACGUAAAUAACCAUGAAUAUGAAAUCAGAGAUCGUUUGAGAAGUGAAGACGCAAAUCCUUGCAGUAAAUCAUGUUUCUGUUCAGACCGAAGAGCCAUAGCGACUUUUACUUGCGCAAUAGUAGAUUGCUUCACCGGACCUUCAAAAAACUCCAAUUGCUAUCGUCGUCGCCAAGCAAGUCGAUGUUGUCCUGGCGAAGAAGUUUGCCCUGAAAAAGCCGAAGACAUACCGACCUGUGAAGUAGACGGUAAAAUUUAUAAAGACGCGGAAUAUUUCAGACCAGCUUCUGAACCCCAUAAGAUUUGCUACUGUGGUCCAGGAUACAUAGGAGAAAAUGUCGAACCUUUCUGCAUAACUCCUGUAGAUAUUUGUCGGACUGAGCUUCAAUACGCUCAUCAAAUUAUCAGCAAUUGCAGUCCGGUUUACUACAAUCCUCUUGAUCAUUACAAUCCUGAAGUGUUACAUACUGAAUGUCCCAUUGACUAUAAAUGCCAAGAUGAAAAAGAUACAAUCAUUAAAAAAAAUUCAGAAGUUUCUGAUCCAGAUAAAACCUGUAAGUUUGGUAACUUGGUACUGAAUUACGGGGACGAAAUCAGGCAACCUACAGGCUCUUCAGUAUGUAUGAAAUGUGUGUGCGACGUAGGGCCUACGGUAACUUGUUUGUAUUCACCAAAUAUGCGAUGUUUAUGUUUAUAUAUUAAUAUUUACAUUCAUCUGCGUUAUAUAAAAAAUCAAGACGGAGCAUUAAUUCACAAUACUCGUUUAGCGAUGGCAUUGACGCGGAGUUUCUUUUUUGGUAUCUUGUGUUUGUCUUUAACUAUUCUCAGCAUAAUAGCCGAUGAAGAAUGUGAUGCGUCAAAAUGUCCGGGACCUCUGAAGUACUACGAAGAUGUCAAGUGUAAGCCAGUUUACAAAACUCCAGACAGUUGUUGUCCUUACAAGUUCGACUGUGAUCACUUGAAAGAAAGAUCUAAAGAGACGUGUAUGGUUAAUGGCCAUGAAUAUAAAAUCGGGGAUUCACUCAGAGAAGAAGACGCUAGUCCUUGUGAUAUUGGUUGUUCAUGCCAGAAAACUCGUGGAGUAGCACAAUUUAGUUGUGCUGCUGUAGAUUGUCCUGAAGAAGAAAAUAUAUCUCCGGGAUGUUAUGCACGUCAAAGUGCUUUGGAUUGUUGUUCCAAUGGAGUAAUUUGCCUCGAAAAACCGGAAGAUAUACCCACGUGUGAAGUCGAUGGCAAAAUUUAUAAAGGUGGAGAAUACUUCAAGCCAACUGCAGAACCUAAUAAAAAUUGUUAUUGUGCUUCUGGCUACACUGGAGAAAAUAUUGAGCCUUUCUGCAAAAUAGCAACAAAUGUAUGUGGAGCGGAAUUGUAUCAUGCAUAUGAAAUUCAUAAUGAUUGUGUACCUGUUUAUUAUAAUUCUGAAUCACCACAAAGUUCCUGCAGUUUUGCUUACAGAUGCCAAAAUAAACGUGAUUCAGUUAUUAAACGACUGAAGACUCUAGAAGAUCCUGAAAAUACAGAAAUGGAUAUAACUUGUAAAUUUGGUGAUUUAACAAUGGACUACGGAGAUGAACUCAUUCAGUCAACAGAUUACAGUUCCGUUUGCGUCAAAUGCGUCUGUGAAGUCGGCCCAGUUCCAACUUGUCAACGUUUACCUGACAGCGAAUGUGAUGUGACGAAGCAUCCACCUUUUGGCGAUUAACAACCACAGUUUUUGCAUUACAAACAAUCGAAUAUUUUUCAAUAUUUAAAUAUCAGUUGUUUAUUUACACCGUGAAAUUACCGGUGAAAGUUUCAAAUUUUCCUAUUUAGAAUUACAAAAUAAUUAAUUAAUUGUAAAAGAUAAAAAGGCCAUUCGGCAGCCGAAAUGGAAGUAGAUUUUUCAAAUAA